AUGUCGCGGACAGUGCCAUCCCGGGCACUUGAUCCUGUCUAUGACACGGUGUACACAAUCUCCAACUCGGGUGGCUCUUUCCGCAAAGGCGUCUACCGAGCAUCUUCCAAACCAGUAAGCACAAGCAGCAUCAUCAACAACCAGAAUCCAACAGAGGGCAGCCAUCUCAUUAGCGGAAGUGAACGUGUCAAGUUUCAUCGAAGACCAGUGUUGCCGCAUCUACAAGCUGAGCCGCCAGAAGUGUUGCUAGCUCCUGUGUACGUUGUACCCACACUCCCAGUCCAACAUCGAGAUGCAAAAGCAUCGACGUCUCCCCACGUCGCAGCUGAAGUGCUCGAAGGAGCCACGCGGUCGGUGGGCAUCCAAACCGUUUAUCGCGACUCGGAGGCGCAGACAGAUCCCUACACACCUGACUACACUAUCCAGAAGACUGCAACUGGUAUAACACCCGAGAUAGCAACGCUCGUGGGGCUAAACCAUGCUCGUGGACAGCUCCCGAUUGGUCAGGCUGAGCUGGAACUCAUCGAACGGAACCGCAAGAACCGCGCUUUCGAGGCCUCUUUACCGCCAAUGACUGACGAAGCCAGCUUCCUGCUGCGUAAGGCAAUGUUGGAAGCCCAGGAGACCCGUGAAUGGGUAUAUCGCGAAGCUGAGAUCGACGCGUUCCAUGAUCAACGUGUAGCUCUACUUGAACAAGCACUUGCAGAGCGUGAGAAGGAAAACGCCUUCCUUUCGGAACAGCGACUCGAAGCGCUUCGUCAGCGAGUGCUUCAUGAGAAGGAAAACGCGCUAGAGGCUAUUCAACAGGAGCGAGUGGCAGCACUGAGGAAAUUGACCAAGAAAAGAGCUCAAAGACAGCACGAGCGUGGAUUCGGAGCCUCAAAACCAGAGCGUGGACGUGAUAUCAUUGCAGAAUAUGCCAACUUCGGUUCCCAAGUGUAUGCUCCUAUCACUCGAGAUGGCAAGGCUGGAAAGAUCGAAGUUCGUGAAUCCGGCAUCGGGAAGACUCAGUUCCUACAGCUGGAUGCCUUACGAGAACUUGAGAGUGCUCUACCUGCACGCAUGGUACAACCUGCAGCGGGCAAGUACACGCCCCGUGAGAAGAGCGGUCGUACUGCUAAGGAAAGGAAGCAAGCGGCUAUUGAAGCUCACCUUCUCAAGAUGGAGUCUAUCAUCAACAAGAACAAAGAACAGAACGAAGCUGGCGGCUCAACUCGCAAAGCUCACCAGAACGUUAGCAGUCCCCUGUCACGACGGGCCAGCCAGAGACAGCAGCAACUUGUGCGUCCACCCACCCCGGACUACGCACUUGCUCACGUCGCUGACGCACAGGAGAACGACGUGGAGGACGCAGUGCGUUUACUACAGAAAUUGUUACGUGGUCGUGCUGUUCAAAACAUGAUGUUCGAAGGCAAAGAGAGACGUACAGAGCUUAUUGAUGAGCUGCGUGCAGCUGACGAACAACUGGCAUUGCAACGUCGCAAUGCGUUUGCUCUCUUCCAAGGAUCCGGCACUGAGGCGAUCGACCGUGUGGCCAACGCAGCGAAGACACGCGUGGAGGGUGAAGUGGUCUCUGAAAUGCUCGACUUUUUGUCAAAAGAGCUCUCUCGAUCGCGUGAGAUGGCCAAGAUGCGGGCGUUCGUGAUCAAGGCGACUGAAGAGCGACGUGUCCGUGAAGUUGAGGAAGGAGGACGACGGCAAGCUGAAGAUCUGUUGCGUGAGCGUGAAGACGAGGUGUUCCGACGUGUGAUGCAGGUACAUCAGGAAACUUCUCGCGACUUCGUGAACGAUAUAUUGGAAGAGAUUGCACUGGAGCAAUCCCAUGCCCAAGCUCUGAACGAGCUGCAUAUUCGCAGUGCUGGCGUAGACGGAAUUGUGCUGCAGCUUGAAGAUGAAAUGGACAGUGACGAGACCGUAGUACGCGAACUUGUUGCAAGCUUCUUACUGCCGCAUGUUCAGCGGCAGCAUGUACGCCGCCAAGUCACACUAGAGCAGAAGAAAUAUGUGACUGCAGCUCACGCACUUCUCACUGAAAUGGCUGCAAAUAUGAGCCAUCCUACUCAUACUAGCGGUACUGAACAUGCAGCGUAAGCUGAAUGAAUACAUCUGCAUCCACAAGUGCUUU